UGUUUGGUAUUCAUCCGCUACGUAAUCAGAGACUGGAGAAAUCCCUACAAAUUAUCUCUCGAUUUUUUGCUGAUUUCUAAACGGAUUACUAUGUGAAAAUGAGUGUUAACUGAAAGUAUGGCUUUCAAGUGCAGGGAGGAAAUAGUUGGAAAGAGAUUUCUCUCCGUAAAAAGCCAGGCAAAGUUAAAACUUGGCAAGAUUAGCGAAUGGGAAUGGCGGUCAGGCGUUGUACGAGCAGUGUCCUCGCGAGACAGCAGUCGCUCCGAUUUGUCGGUCCUGAUUGAGUUUGAUGAAUCCGACUGGGAGCAGAGAGAGUGGAUAAAAAUUCACUCAGUGUUCCAAGUUUUUCUUGUUGAGCAGACUUUGGUUUGGAGUGAAAGAUUAGACCCUGAAAGCAAGACAACUUCAGUUGAAUGGCCAGCCCUGAAUUUCCGAUCCAUUGUUGAUAAAGUAGGACUUAGCAGCUGUAGGAAGCGACCAAUCGAGUUUUUUGAUGAUCAACUUUUGGCGUUUGUCGAGGAUAAGAACCUUCACUGUUUCCAGGAGACAGAGCUACUGAGUAAUCCAGUGUUUGAAGCCUACCCAAGUCUCAAUCAAGCCGUUAAAAACUGGCUGGACUACCAGGAUGGUCAGAGGAUUUUGUUGACGACCCCCACCGUACUUGUUGGGUACCGCCUGGAGGUGUAUAGAGCUGAGGGGACCACCCAGUGGUACACAGCUGUGAUUCAGUCCUACAACCACACCACUAAGAGUCUGUCUUUAACUGAUGAUACAGUACUAGAGGAGCAUAAUGAAGACCCAGCCCUUAUUCAGAUGCGGCUGAUUGAUGAUGGGGUGGUGGAUUCAAUUUUGCGAGGUGUAGAAGUUGGAAUUGGUCCUAGAAGGACUAGACAAACAAACAAGGAACAGCAAGGCAAUACAACCAGAAAUCCUACAUCUAAACAACCACCAGCCAACUCAGAAAAAUCUUCCUCUGUUCGGAAUAAUAAAGUUAAACAGAAAGAGGCGAAAUCCACGGAUCAAGAUUCAGACAAAGAAAAACCAAAAACUGGAAAGCCAGUAACAACAAAAGACCGAAAAAGAAAACCUGUGGAUUUCUCCGAGAAUUCUAGUGACUCCACAGAUGGUACAUUGGAAAGAAGAUCACGCUCGGUAGAGAAGCGAGUGAAAUCCGACGAUAGCAAAGAGGAUCAACCUAAGGCAGCAACCGACUCAUCCAAAUCAAAAUCUGAACACAAAUCAGUGAAAAAAGACACUUCUAGUGAGAAUAAGAUCUCAAAGGACAAAGUUCAUCCAAAACGAUCCCGAAAAACUUCAACUUCAGACAGUCCUACAAAACAAUGUUCAAAAUUGCGACCGAGUCGACAUAAGAAGGACUUGCCUGUCUGUGAUUCAUUGUCAUCCCAACAUGAGGGGUCCCAGAGUUCUCCUGACUCCAGGGACAGUGUAGGGAGCUCCAUCUGUGAUAAUCAAUCCUCGGGGGAAUGCCCCACCACUCAGUCUGACGAAACCCAGUCUGACCAAGCCAAUACAGAAGAUAAUAUGCACUUUAUGAAACAGAGGUUGUUAGCAAGCAACACCUCUUCUGAAAAAUCUCCGGGCCCAAUUAAUGCCAAUAUUGAUGUCAACCGCUCGGUGACAGAUCAAAUCGCAAAACUCUCCCGUGCUGAAAGUGCCGGAUCUCACUCGGAGGAGGAGAAAUUCAUUUCAUCCAAUAAAUCUGUCUCGCCAAAAUCUUCUGGAAGCUUUCUGUCAUCUGUUUCCACUGCUGAUGUGUAUACUCACGAACAGGACAAGGAGCUAAGGAAUAACAAUAUCAGUGAUCAUGUGUCUGGAUGUAAUUCUCUCUCAAAUAGUUUGAAUAAUGAUGAACUCCGAUCAAGCUCGCGAGCAAGUGAACAUUCUAACUCAGGAUUAAAUGAAGACAGGAGACCAGCAUCUCGACUUGAUGAUCUCAAAACAUCUCAGAAAAACAGUCCAUCUUCUAGUCCGUUAAUCAUUGACAAAAGUGAACCUGUGCAUCCCUAUAGGGACCCUGAACUCAUGAGAAAAAAUCCUGUUCACAGUAACAUUCACGGCAUGCUUGGGAGCCACAAGAAGCCACCGUACUCCAGUGUUCAUACUCCCAUUCCCUCAGCUGCCACCCCUACCCAGUCAAUCCCAUCAACCACCACCUACCCCUCUCAUCCCAUCCCCCCAAACCAUGUGAUCCCCUCCUUACAGUAUCCUCCUCAUCAUCUCACAGCCGCUCUGGGGGCCGCUGCCACUCUGGGCAUCCAUCCUUCUCUUGCUCAGAUGGACCCGUCACAAUUAGCAGCUCUUCAACACCAACAGUUAGCCUCCAUGCAAUACCAGCUCCUCCUCUCCAGGGGAGGUUACCCGUCAACCCUCACCAUGCCUCAACUGGAGCACCUCUGGCAGAAGACUUACCCCUCCAUUCCCAUCCCUCCUCAGUAUUUACUGCCCAAAAACCGGGAGGAUCUACUGGGGCACCUGUUCUCCAAGGAGAGGGAGUUAAUAGAGAGGGAACGACUGGAGAGAGAAAGGAUGGAUCGGAUUGAAAAGGAAAGACUUGAACGGGACCGGCAGCUAGAAAGGGAGAGACAAGAGAGAAUUGAGAGGGAACGAGUAGAAAGAGAGAGAGACAAAAUAGAGAGAGAACGAGAGCAAGCCAUGAGGGAACGGGCAGAGAAGGAAAGAUUGGAGAAGGAACGUCUAGAUCGAGAACGGAAAGAAAGGGAGGAAUGGAAGAGAAUGGAGCAUGAACGAGAGCAAAAGAAGGAACGUGAACGGAUCCUGAAGGAAUCAGCCGACACCUUGGCUGCUGUUGAUGACCAUUUUGCUCGUUCUCUGCGGAACAAAGAGGAGAGAGAACAGAUGCUGAAAGUGAUAAGACAACAGGAGAUGGAAAAAUUCUACAAGCAGAGCUUUGAACAUCAGAAAGUUUAUGAGCAGCUUCAGAAAACAGAUAUCAAGUCUGAGAAGCUUCCCAAAAGUGAGGCCUAUAAAGCUUACCCCCAAAGCAGUAGUUCCUCUAACCCUGUAAAACAGGAGAAACCAAACUUUAGUUUGUAUGGUUAUCAACCUUUCCAGCAGCUUUCCUACAUCUCCCCAGACCAGCUCCAUCUUCACGGUCUGGACAAGAAAGAGGAGAAACUAAACAUGGACUCUUCUAAACAAAGUCUAGCUCAUGCAGCAAAUAUGGCUAGUCAGAUGUCAUCUGCUCCACCACCACUCAUCAAAGAUGGCCACAGUUCAGUGAUAUAUGAUAACCGUUAUAAGGAUGGUUCUAAUUCCACUAGUCCACGACCUGCCCAUUCACAUCACAGUCAUCACAUCUCCUCUCAGUCACCUCGGCAACCAAAGCCAGCUCACACCCCCAAUCGUCAUCACGGAAGUCCACACCAGGACCAGUCCAUUGAUCUCUCCUCAUCCUCUGGACUUCAGGUCUCGGCUUUAUCAGCAUUCAGAUCUACAGAAUCAAAACAUAUCGGACCAAGAACACAGAGUCCACUUCGUGUGGCCAGUCCUCAUCAAUUAAAUGUAGCAGUGAUGCAGCAGCCAGUCAAUUAUCACAGAAAUGAGGGUAAACCAAGGACUAGCCCCUCCUCCAAAUCCCCUGUCUCCUCCAAUAGCAGUAACGUUCCAUAUAUGUCUGCAGCAAUAGCCCAGCCUCCAGUGUCCUUGCCCGCAGGAUCUGUGGAUUAUAGCUGCAGUCUCAUUCAACAAGGCCUCGUUCCAAAUCCCAUCUACUCUCAGAACAGUGUGAACCCGGCAGCAGAGCACCAUGGGAAUAGUCACAGUAUGUUGACCACCACCCAGAGCAUGGCUCCUACCUCCUCACACAACACACACUCAACUACAGGCCAGCAGGGAGUGAAGCGCAGACCAAACAAGGAAAGCAGCAAUCGUAAGCGACAGAAAGCUGACAAUGGGGGCAGUAAUCCUGGUGUAGGGAGUGGUGGUGUGCCAGUCACUACCCCCCAGAUAUUGACUAAUCCUUCCCCCUAUACCACUACAAACAGUCAGUCCUCUGUCACCUCAACAUCAGCCACCACCUCCUCAGCCAUGUCCAUGCUUCUCUCCUCCACAUCAUCCAAUCCACCACAGGGAACCUCAGGAUUCAUGGACAGCUUCAAGUCAUUUGUUGAGAAUGCAGUUCAGAAUGCAUUUUAUCAGGACUCUGAUUUAGCAGACGGCAAAAAGGUUCCUGCUCCACCCCCUCCCCCCACACAACAGAAGCCAGACCCCUCCCCAAGUCUGGCUGCUGAGGAGUCCAGUCUAGCAAGCUCCAAUAGUCAUUCAACUCUGAUGGAUACAAUAAGCCGAGUAGCCAAUGGUCAGAUAAAUGAUACGGACAGUGACACUCUCAGUGCCCCCAGCCCUCCACCACAUAUCACUAACCCCUCUUCUCAAGGUAAAGCAGCCAACCACCCCAAACUCAAAAAAGCUUGGCUUCAGAGACACUCGGAUGAAGAUAAAUUGGAGACAAAGGUUGAACCAGGGUCACCUUCAACAGAAAAUGACACAGAAGUGUCACCAAAGGCAGAGGACAAGCUCAAGAACUGUUACGUUAAUCUGACAAACAUUUCUCCCAAAAAGGAGCCGGGAACCAAAUCACCAGUGACCAGUAGUGCUUAUAAGCUUCCUAAUGGGAAUAUUAUCGGGAAGGAUAAAGAUGACGAGUCCACGACGUCAGCCUCAGAAACAGAGUCACAACAGGUGAGUGACUCCUCACAGAAAAGAAAAAUAGCCACAAAGAAGCAGUCCAGUAACAAGAAAUCCAAGGCCGACAGUGAUGAUAAUAGUCCGCCAUCUAACACUGCUGUCAAAAAGAAAGCAGUCAAGAAAAAGGAGCCAAAGGAAAGCAAAAAUGUCAAAGGUAAAGAUCACUCAGAGGAUGACAAAACAGUCAACAAAGACAACUCAAGUAACACAUCUGUGAAAAAGGAAAAAACCAGAGAGGCUCCAAAGGUGCGGGCUACAAGUCCUGAACCAAUGGAGGUAGAGCAGGACAUCAAGAAAGAGAAGGCAGAAAAACCAUUGGACAACUCGGCAUCCUCCAAAAUAAAGAAACCUAAGAAACAGAAAGAGCAGCCUCCUAAGACAGAGUCUUCCUCACCCCCAGGGCCAACACCCACUGUGGUUCACCCCCCAGUGGUACCCACCAGCCAUUCACAGCCUUCUGGUGGGACCUCCUAUAACAAACCUCCUGUCUCCUUGUUGAAGAAAACGUGUGAGCCAUUCUUACAAGAUGAUUCCUGUAGUGAGGUCACCCCAAAACUGAUGAAAUGUCGGGAAUGUAAGAUGACACCCACCCAGCGCAGCAAGAAACUCCCCAAUAUUUUCUGUAGAUUUUAUGCCUUCAGAAGACUGAGGUACAGUCAGAGAGGUUUCCUGAUGAUUGACGGAUUCUCCGAACUCUCAGAUGCCAUUAAUGAGGAUAUAGACCCGUGGUUACCAAAUAUUCCAGUCAUGGAACCCAGAAUAGAUAUAGAGACUGCCAAGUACAUUGUGGCACGGGUAGGGGAUAAAUUCUGUGAACUGGUUCAGCAGGAGAGAGAGGCGAAGAAUCUGGCCGGAGAUGAAGCUAAAAUAGCCUGGAAGAGAGCAGUGACAGGUGUUCGUGAAAUGUGUGAUGUUUGUGAUACCACACUGUUUAACAUGCACUGGGUUUGUCAUAAGUGUGGAUUUGUGGUUUGUCUGGACUGUUAUAAAGUGAGACUCCGCGCUCUCCAGCAGGAUAGCGGGGAUGAAGGGGAGGAAUCCGAUCCUUAUAAUGCAGCACAGCAAGAGGAACAACGCGACUGGCUUACAUGUAGUGCAAACCGUCAACAACACGAGCCCGACAAACUGAUGCUGACUCAGAUCAUUCCGGGAGAUGCAUUAUGGGAAGUGGGAAAACUGAUCCAUGACAUGAAGAAGAAGUGGAACGUCCCCUGCAAGUGUUCUUGUGGUCAGUCCAACUCCAAACUGGUGCAGCAGAAAAAUGGCCUUAACCAGCAGUAUGUUCAACAGGCCAUCAACCAUUUGUCAAACAACAAGUCCAAAAAGUUGAUCAAUGGAAUAGCUGAGGACCACAAAAUGUACAAAGGCAAGAAAGAUUCCAUCAAUGGUAACAUCAAGUAUAAUCCCAAUAGCUCAUCUCCUCUCAAUCUACUGGCAGAUGUUGCUUCUAUGGAUUCUGAAACCAGUCGUGAUCGCAGCGAGUCACCCUUUGGCAAAAACAUUGACAAGUUUGGCAAGUCGUACAAUCCUAUUACAGAGCCUGUAUCACCGUGUGGAGGGGGGAACAAUGCUAGUGAUGGCGAUAAUGAGAAAAAGAACCCAGCCAGCUGCUCAACGCUGCGGGAACUGUUAACAAAAACUGCAGGGAAAGUCAAGUCUGACAACAACAACAAAAAGUCUAAACCCAAGUCGAGUAGCAGCACAUUGGACGAUAUCAUCCAGUCAGUGGUAGAGAAACAGUUACCUCGAGAUGAGAAUAGCCAACCAGUUCGCUUAAUGCAUUACAUUCCUCGUAUGGGACACAGCAGCAUGUUGACCCGAGACACACCCAUUCUGGUCCAUAAUCUGACAGAGACCAGUGUGUUGUACCCUGAUGUACCUCACUCCUGGCUCUGUGAUGGCCGUUUGCUGCGUCUUCAUGAUCCCAAACAUAAGGGAAAUUUCAAGAUCUUCCAGGAACAGUGGAAAAGAGGUCAGCCUGUCAUUGUGUCUGGGGUGGACAAACUUUUAAACCGCUCGCUUUGGCAUCCUUCCUCAUUCAGCAAGACCUUUGGGAAGGAGAAGAAUGAUGUGGUCAAUACCAUGUCUGGUGUGGUGAUCAUAGGUCACCCUAUGUCUGUGUUCUGGGACGGAUUUGAGCGUCUCAGAGACCGCCUGCUGGAUGAUGACGAGGAACCCAUGCUUCUGAAGCUGAAGGACUGGCCACCAGGGGACGAUUUUAGUGAUCUAAUGCCAAACCACUUCGAUGAUCUCAUGCAGGCUCUUCCUCUGCCCGAGUACACUCAUCGCCAUGGCAAACUCAAUUUGGCAUCCCGUCUCCCUGACUUCCUUGUGAGACCAGACCUGGGGCCUAAGAUGUACAAUGCAUAUGGGUCUGCAAAGUAUCCGAGUGAGGGAACUACAAACCUCCAUCUCGAUGUCUCUGAUGCCGUCAAUUGUAUGGUGUACGUCGGAAUUCCAGCCGAUGGUCCAGGUGGCAAACAGCCCCACAUCAACAUGGCUAUCAAGGCUAUUGACGACGCGGGCUGCGACACGAUGACAAAGAAGCGCGUAAGAGAAACCAACGAGGUUCCUGGUGCACUGUGGCACAUCUAUGAUGCCAUGGAUGCAGACAAGAUCAGGGAUUUCUUAAAUAAGGUGGGUAAAGAGAGGGGAGAGGAGAUUGAGCCCCACCAUGACCCAAUUCAUGACCAGAGCUGGUACCUAGAUGUGGAGCUUCAGAGUCGCCUUUAUAAGGAAUAUGGAGUGCUGGGAUACACUAUUGUACAGUGUAUGGGAGAUGCUGUGUUUAUCCCUGCUGGGGCCCCCCAUCAGGUGAAAAAUCUUCACAGCUGUAUCAAGGUGGCUGAGGAUUUUGUCUCUCCAGAACAUCUGAAUCACUGCUUCAGUCUUACCCAGGAAUUCAGGCUUCUGUCAGACACACACACCAACCAUGAAGACAAACUGCAGGUGAAAAACAUUAUGUAUCACGCUGUGAAGGAUGCCCUGGCUGUGCUGAACAAUGCUGAACCGGAGGAGGACUAGGGAGGGAAACCAGUUUAUACUGGGCAACCAGAAAAUGGUCGCUCACUACCAGAAUAGGAUAGUGGAAUUCACUUCAGAGGAAAGCUGAAAUGGUUAACUUAUUUAUGGAGGGAUUUAUUAGUGAGAAAUAUUCUGUAGACGAUCAUGACCGAUUUUGGAUUUCAUUUGUGCUAAUUGAUGCAAACCUUCAAAUCGGGCCCAAAUUUAUGACUAGCUGGGGGCCUUAACCAAACAUAUCACGUGGACCUUUAGGUAAGGCAUGUGUUAGAGGACUUCUAGCCAACACUGUGAUACUGUUUACUACUGCUGCAGCAGAGGACACUGCCAUCGUGAACACAAAGCUGUCAGAGACUCUCACCAAGUCUCUACAGACACCAACAGUGCUAUGCUAUUUAUGGAUUUUCUUUUUUCCUUGACUGGUGGACAAUUUUGUUGUCUUUUUUAUUUUGUGAAUUAUGAUUAAUCCUGUGGAUUUGAUGUAUGGAUGAUGUAGCUUGGAGCGUAAACACUUUGAUCUCAUGAUUUUGUAUUGUAUAUCAGGGAGUUAUGUACCAACUCUGUCUGAUGUUAUCAGUGACCUUGAGGGGUGAAGGUCAUGUGUGACAAACUAUGGACAGAGUUUGGGCUGGUGCAUUGAUUUGAAUCCCUUUUGAUCUGGGGAGGAACAAAGCAGCUUUGGUCCACAUUGUGUAAGAAUCUUUGGGGGAGAGAUGCUGUAUAGUGUGGCCGUGCUAAAUUUCUAAUACCUAUAUAGGAUUAAGUACAAUAUACAGAAUAUAUGUACACUAACAAAAGCAUCAGUAGAGGUCUUAGCUUGGUUUUUCUUCAUCUGCUCUCACAACCCAUUACCACACAAAAGCCAAGCGGAGAGCUCUGUAUGCUUUCUGUUAGAAAGCUGUUACUGUAAAUGAAUGCUUUCCAGAUUAUGUUCUGAUGUUUAAAGUUUAUUGAUAUGAUUUGUUGAUGUCCUUAGAGAGAUAUAUACAUAUAUAUUAUAUAUAUAAUUAAUGCAGAUUGCUUUUAUCAGCCAGGAUUAAAGCGAGCAGUGUUUUAUUUUCUGUUUGUUUAUAGGCUUUUAUUGGCUGAGAUAUAUUAUAUACUUAUAUAAAAUAUAUUCUAUAUAUACAUAUAUAGAAAUAACUGUGAAAAAAGGGAAAUAAUGCAAAGUUUAUCUUUUGUUUUUCCUAGCUUCAUAAAAAUGUCCCAAAGUAUAUCAUGUCAAAUUAUGUAGUACUACAUGAAACAUGGAAUUCACUAUGUAGAGGAAACGUGUUGAACUGUUCACAAAUUGUUGGGAAAAUUCUGCAUUAAAAAAUAAUUGCAUUAA